CUUGCAGAUCGUUAGUGUUAAGAUCAUUUUCCAUUUCGAAUGAAUAUUAUUUUUAUAAUUUUUUAAUAUUUUAUUAGGAAAAUGUGAACCAAAAACUUUGAUAAUGCUAUGUUUUACCAGUGUUAUUAUAAAGUAAUAAGUGAUAUAUAACAAUAAGUGAUAUUUAAAAGCCAAAACAAUGGCUACUUUGUACAUUAACGAAUCUCCAAAUGGCAUUCAUUUGCUAAAUGAUACCGAAAAGGAUUCUAUGCGUCGCAGAUCUUUAGCCAGUAUUAAUGAAAUCAACCAAAAAAUCAACAGUGACCUAAAUGAUUCUCAUAACUCUGAAAAAUUAAGAACUAAAAGAUUAAGCAUUUUUGGAAAGAAAAGUGCAUUAAAGGAUGUCGAUCCUUCUGAUAAAAGAAGACACUCGACAUAUAAUAUUUUGGGAUUAGGAAUAAAGACAUCUAGUAAAGAUAAAGAUAAAGAUAAGGAGAAAAGAAAAGAGCACAGACGCAGCUCAUUAGCUCUAUUCGGAAAUCUGAACAAGGAACGUAGGAGUUCCUUGGCUUUAAAUUCCGAUUCCAAAGAAAAUGUUGCUAAAUCCAACAGGAGAUCUUCUCUGGCUGUACAUUUCUCAAAAUCGAAAAAGGAGUUGAGCAAGUCUCAAGGUGCAUUAGAUGAAGACGAGGUUGAACCGAGACGCAGUAAAAGUACUUGGCAAGUCCGAAAACGCAGAACAGGCGCAACAAAUGGCUCAGAUUUUGGAACACCUGAAAGAUCCAGACCUCACUCACCUGACAGAUCGAUAGAAAAUUUGGAUGAAGUAGAAUUGAAUGAACGUUAUUUCGAACCUAACAAACGUAGAUUGAGCUGGUGGAACGUUUUGUUACCAGAAAACCUCAAGUCCAAUAGGUCGAGACGUUCUAGUCAAGACAUAAAUGCAUUUUCCAGGAGUGUGGAUCAUUUAGCACCGCUGCCUUUAAAAAGGAGCAAAAGUCGUAGUGUUGACCACGGUCUUACAGCGCCGUACGAUUUGGACACACUUCGUUCGAAAGUAGAAGGAAGAAUCGAAAGUGUCGAUCGACUUGCCAAAGCAGAGGAGGAAAGAAAACGUGCUUUGGCUCAAAUUCCUACAGUGCCAUAUACAGUCGGAGAUAGAGAUACAUUGACUUCUGUUGCUGCUAGAUUUGAUACAACUCCAUCGGAAUUAACGGCGAUAAAUAGACUUGGAAGUAAUUUUAUAUUUCCAGGACAAGUGCUGCAAGUUCCUAGCAAAAAAUCAGAAGGUAUAUCAAUCAAUUUCUAA